GCCUCCGUGCGCCGUCUGCACUGGUUGCUGGCGAUGAUGCAGCUGGCAGUGAGCAUGGUGGCCCGUCUGGGCAUUUGCUCUCAAGCUCUUCCCUCGGUCCUGGGUCGUCAGCUCAGUUGUGCACAGGACAAGCUCCGCCGGACACCACUCUAUGACUUCCACCUGGCCCAUGGCGGGAAAAUGGUGGCGUUUGCAGGUUGGAGUCUGCCAGUGCAGUACCAAGAUAGUCAUGUUGAUUCUCACCUGCAUACACGCCAGCACUGCUCGCUCUUUGACGUGUCUCACAUGCUGCAGACCAAGAUACUUGGUAGUGACCGGGUGAAGCUGAUGGAGAGUAUAGUAGUUGGAGACAUUGCAGAACUAAGGCCAAACCAGGGGACACUGUCACUGUUUACCAAUGAGGCUGGAGGCAUCUUAGAUGACUUGAUUGUGACCAAUGCUUCUGAAGGGCACCUGUAUGUGGUGUCCAACGCUGGCUGCCGUAACAAGGACUUGGCCCUUAUGCAGGAAAAGGUCAAGGAGCUUCAGAACAGGGGCAGUGAUGUGGCCCUGGAAGUGGUGGACAAUGCCCUGCUAGCCCUGCAAGGACCCACUGCAGCGCAGGUGCUACAGGCCGGCGUGGCAGAUGACCUGAAGAAACUGCCCUUCAUGACCAGCGCUGUGAUGGAGGUGUUUGGCGUGUCCGGCUGCCGUGUGACCCGCUGUGGCUACACAGGAGAAGAUGGUGUGGAGAUCUCCGUGCCAGCAGUUGGGGUAAUUCACCUGGCAACAGCUCUCCUGGAAAACCCGGAGGUGAAGCUGGCAGGGCUGGCGGCCAGGGACAGCCUGCGCCUAGAGGCAGGCCUCUGCCUGUAUGGGAAGGACAUUGAUGAACACACUACACCUGUGGAGGGCAGUCUCAGUUGGACAUUGGGGAAGCGCCGCCGAGCUGCUAUGGACUUCCCUGGAGCCAAAGCUAUCAUUCCCCAGCUGAAGGGCAAAGUGCAGCGGAGGCGUGUGGGGCUGGUGUGUGAGGGGGCCCCGAUGCGAGAGCACAGUCCCAUCCUGAGCAUGGAGGGUGCUGUGAUUGGUACUGUGACUAGUGGCUGCCCCUCACCCUGCCUGAAGAAGAAUGUGGCAAUGGGUUACGUACCCUAUGAGUACAGUCGGCCAGGGACACAGCUGCUAGUAGAGGUGCGGCGGAAGCAGCAGAUGGUUGUGGUCAGCAAGAUGCCCUUUGUACCCACAAACUACUAUAUCCUAAAAUAAGAUGGCACAGGGCAGGGCUCUCCCCUGCAGGAAUCUUGCCCUGGAGGGCAUCCUAUAAGGGGUUAGUCAGGAAGCUAAGGUAGAAUUCACUGGGGUGGAUAGCUAGAAUAGCCACUGGCUCUGGCUGAGGGGCCCAUACUACCUAUUCUUCCCACUCAACACCCCCAACCCCUGCCGCUCCAACUUUUCUUUUUGUAAGAGUCUCACUUUGUCCCCUUUGGUAGAGUGCCACGGCAUCAUUGCUCAUAGCAACCUCAAACUAUUGGGCUCAAGCGAUUCUCUUGCCUCAGCUUCCCUAGUAGCUGGGACUACAGGUGCCUGCUGCAACACCAGGCUAUUUUUUUUUUUUUGUAGAGACAGAGUCUCACUGUACCGCCCUUGGUAGAGUGCCGUGGCAUCACAUGGCGCACAGCAACCUCUAACUCUUGGGCUUACGCGAUUCUCUUGCCUCAGCCUCUCGAGUAGCUGGGACUAUAGGCGCCUGCCACAACGCCUGGCUAUUUUUUUUUGUUGUUGUUGCAGUUUGGCCGGGGCUGGGUUUGAACCCGCCACCUUUGGCAUAUGGCGCCGCCCCCGGGCUAUUUUUUUUUGUUUAGUGGUUCGAACCCACCAGCCCUGGAGCACAUGGCUAGCACCCUAACCACUGAGCUACAGGUGCCAGCCUGCAACUUUUUUUUGAGACGGUCUCACUCUGUUGCCCAGGCUAGAGUGCCAUGGUGUCAGCUCAGUUCAUAGCAACCUCAAGUGAUCCUCCUGCUGCAGCCUCCCUAGUAGAUGGGACUAUACACAUGCACCACCAUGUCUGGCUAAUUUUUUCUAUUUUAGUAGAGACAGGGUCUCCUGAGUUCAAUGGAUCCUCCUAGGCCAGCCUCCCAGAGUGCUAGGAUUGUAUGUGUGAGCCAUGGUACCAGGCCUAGGUGUCCUAUUUCAGCCCACAGUCCCACUAACCCUACUCUUCCCUGCUGGAGGGCAGAUGAGAAACACUGGUUCUGCCAUCUCAUUCAGUCUGCUAGGUGCUGAUCCUCAAGCAAAGGCUCACCUUUGUGGGGAGGAUUAAAACCUGCCCAAACGGCUGGCCCCCUGUGGCUCAAGCGCCAGCCACAUACACCUGAGCUGGCAGGUUCGAAUCCAGCCCGGGCCCACCAAACGACAACGGCUGCAACAAAAAAAAUAGCCAGGCAUUGUGGUGGGCACCUGUAGUCCCAGCUACUUGGGAGGCAGAGGCAGGAGAAUCGCUUGAGCCUAGGACCUGGAGGUUGCUGUGAGCUAUGAUGCCAUGGCACUCUAUCCAGGGCAACAGCUUGAGGCUCUGUCUCAAAAAAAAAAAACAAAAAAACCCCACAAAACCUGCCCAAGCUACAUCACCAUGGUUUCUCACAUUGCAAAGGGUUAUUACCAUGGGGUGAGUGGGUUUAGGCUACCUUCUCCAGUUUGCCUCUUAUGAAUGCUAACUACUGCUUCUCCCAGAGAAGGAAUAAUUCCUGACUCAACAGAUGGUUCAAUUAAGGUUCCUGUGCCUGUGUGUAACCUCAGUGAUGGCUGGGGGAAUAUGGACUUAUUCUCAUUCCCAAGUAGGCCUAGCCCGCUGCCCAGAAGGAAAUCAUGGCAGGCUCAUCACCUAUUUUGAGCCCCACGGCUGCUGUAGGGCAUGCCGGGCUUCCUCCUGGACUUCCCUUACUGUGGGCUGACCUUCACCCCUGGGACCCAUUGUUGGACUCCUGUGUCUUGAAAAAAUAUUAAAUUUUCUUAUUUGCCAGUC